UUUUUCUUAUUUUUUCAUUUUAUGUGAUAAGCCAUAUUUAUGGUGUUCCGUCAGUGUGUAUAAGGGAUUAUUUAUCAUCACGCUUGUUGCGGUUUGCGUCGGCUGUAUAUUUAGGAGUUUUCCUCAUGACGUUACUCGACCUCCUUCGACCGCAGGACGUUUCCUGGACCGCGAUGCUGCCUCCGUGAUGAGAUCGUCUCGUGGUUACCGAUGCUCCGCAGGCUCCCAACCUUUGACGAAAGAUCGGCUCUUCGACCGGAAUGGGAAGACACUCAGGCGUGUGUUCCAGAGGAUCAAAAAAAAGCGUAAUUCUUUACACAACGGACUGCGGUGAAGAGAAGGAAGAUUUCGGCCUGAAGAUUCAGCAGCGUUCAAUAUCUCUAACCGCCUUGCACACCGGAAGCAACGCUCAACAGCAACAACUUCUAGAGCCGAGAAUGGCGCAGCUAGAAACUUUGGAGGCUAAGAUGGCCAGCAUCGAGGUGUCCCUCUCGACUACGCCGAGGCGAAAAAAGGGCGGAAGCAUCGCUGGGGUGACUUCCUCACCUGCGGGACAUCGCGCGAGGGAUGUUGGCAAGGAAUUGGACGCCCUACGAACAGCCCUUCGCGACAAAGAAAACAUUAUACAGAACUUGAAGGGACAACUGUGCAAUACACUAAGCAGUCGGUUAUCCUUACGCAACGGGCCUUCCUUGACCGAAUCCGACCGGAAGGCGGCUGAGGAUCGGCUCCAAAGAUUGCGUCGAGACGCCGACAACAAACGGCUGGCGAUAAAAAACCUCAAGUUGGCUUUAGAACGUCUCGAUAUCACCGACAACAUAGACGUCCGGAUACAGCAGGCAGAAUUGGAGUACAGAUUGGGAAGGGAAGAAUUGGAACUGUUGACCCUCCGCGAAGAGAGUCGAGCCCUUCAGGCGGCUUUAGAGCUUGCGGAUACGCAAGAGAAGCAGAAAAAUCACACAAUAUUCAGCUGUAUUUCCGGAUCCACGCAAGUAACCGUUCACGCCCUCGAAGUCAGCGCCGACCCUAAAAGUCCCAGAUUUGGAGCUGGGCCUAGAGACGAUGUACCGGGCCUCUACGUCGAUUGGGCCGUUGAAGAUUCAGGACUUUGCAAGGGUGACAGGAUCCUGGAGGUGAACGGCAAGCUGGUCGUCGGUGCCGGAAGGAGCGAUCUUGCCAGACUUCUGGCUGUCGCACCGGAUGCCGCGCAAGUCGUUGUUCUCCGGAAGGGCGAAUCUCUCGCCGCUCUUCGCACCCUCAGAUCCGACAACCUUCGACUCACUCACAGGAUUGGUUACCUCGAGGAACAGGUCAGGGACCUCUUGACUCCCUCUCGACCUCCAGCACCUGCCGAACCUCCGCCCAGUCGUCGGGAACACGUCCAGGUUUUUCAAAAGGGACCCCAAGUCACAGCUCUGGUUGGGAACUUGCCGGGUUUGGGGGCGAAAAGUCCAGCCGAACUGAGGCAGAGCUUGCCCACCGUCAGAACGAGACACGGGGAUCAUCCGCGUCGGAUGAAUGAAACGCGGCUCUCGAAGGAGUCGGACUUUGGAUCCGACGGAGCGACGAGCCACGGUCACAAGGCGAAAACCAGGCAGAGACCUCAGGGUUAUCAGCUGGCCAGAUCGACGGCUAGCCUUGACUGCAAGCAAUCGCAUUCCGGGAUACAGCGGAGACCUCUUCGCGCGGAAUCUGCAAUGGAACAAGUUCAUAAAAGCAGGAGGAACGCCCCUUCCUUACAGUCUCUCGAAUUUGACUCGGAGCCAACGUACUACCGAAUCCAGGACUCCCAAUCAAGGGCAUCCGAGCAGUCCGACGGGUCCAUGAUGUGUUCAGGAUCCCACGAGAGCCGGACGCGUCCAACGCCACCAAAGAAGCCCCUGCGUUUAUCGUUGCACAGAGCAGCUAGUCUCCAAUCGGUUGAAAGUGCGCCGCCAACGCCUCAGCACGAAGCAAGUCGAAAACCUGUGAAGAGGAAUUACCGGGGCGAUCCUCCGACGGGCCUGGACAGAACGGAAGUUUACUCGGAGCGUGGAAACGAGCCUCUUCAGUCCAGCCAGCAAGCCCCAGCUGGUAAUCAAGCUCCACAACCGCCUCCGCGAACUCCGUCCAGAGCAGAAUCCUGCCAAAGUGCUCUUAGGUGGCCAUCUCCGAGGCCAAGACCCCAGCUCGCCUCUGUUCCGAUGGAGAAAUGGUGCUGAUUACAGGAUGCAUGCAUGGACACGAGGAUUAAUUAUCU